CUUCAACGUUAAUUUAGCAGUUGGACCUAGUCCCUGCCCUUUGAGCACUUGUAUAUAGUUCAAAACAGUUGUUGCCCUAGAUCACGACAGCUAAGGUCAAAUGUCUUUGUUCGGACAUAAAUCCAUGACUGUUCCAUUAUUCAUCCUAGCGUUUUCAUUACAAUGUUGUUUAAGUCUUAGCCUUUAUGAUCAUCCCUUAGACCCUCUCACCCCAUCCGAAUUGAACCGGAUAACGCUCAUUGUCGAUAAGUCUAAUAUCGGUUCUCUUCCGAACUUGACGUAUCACGUCGUCGAUCUCGAAGAACCAGACAAGAACGAUGUCCUUAGUUGGUUAUCUUCAGAUAAACAGGAAAAAAACGCUGUUUCUCGACGAGCCAAGGUGGUGGUUCGAGCCGGAGGGGAGACUCGGGAACUUGUUGUGGACCUAGUCGCCGGUUCGAUCAUAUCGAACCAUGUCUACACCGGUCACGGGUACCCACCGUUCACUUUUAUCGAGUUCGUCAUGGUUAGUAGAUUGCCUUUUCAAUACCCCAAAUUCGUGAAAUCGAUUACAGGUAGUUUAAAUGUGUCCGAAGUCUCGUGUGUACCUCUCACUGUUGGUUGGUACGGCGAAACGGUGACGAGAAGGGCUCUUAGGCUUACAUGUUACUAUAGAGGUGGCUCCGUUAAUGUCUACGCGAGGCCGAUCGAAGGGAUCAGUAUAUUCGUCGACGUCGAUUCGAUGCGAAUCACAAAUUAUGUCGAUAGAUUCAGAGUCCCUUUGCCUAAAGCCGAGGGAACUGAUUUUCGAUCGAGGACGAACACGGAUCAUGUCACAUGUAAUAACAAUAACAGGAAGGGAAAAGGGUUCAAAAUAGAAGGAAACAAUGUGAAAUGGGAGAACUGGAAAUUCCAUGUGGGGUUCAAUGCUAGGGCCGGGACUGUGAUAUCGACGGCUUCGAUUCUCGAUCCGAACACGAAGAAGUACCGCCGGGUUCUAUAUAGGGGUCAUGUGUCUGAAACUUUUGUUCCGUACAUGGAUCCAGAAAGUGAGUGGUAUUUCAGGACAUUCAUGGAUAUCGGAGAGUUCGGGUUCGGACGUUCGGCAAGCACGCUCCAGCCGUCGAUCGACUGUCCGGCGGAUGCGGAAUACAUGGACGGGUAUGUCGCGGGGGCGGAUGGGCAGGCUAUGAAAAUGCAAAGGGUUAUCUGUAUAUUUCAAAGGUCGUCUGGUGAUAUUGGUUGGAGACAUGCUGAAAUCAAUAACCCUGGAACUGUGAUAAGGAGUGGUCAACCGGAAAGAAGUUUGGUGGUUAGAAUGGUGGCUACCGUGGGGAACUAUGAUUACGUACUUGAUUGGGAAUUCAAGCAAUGCGGCACCAUCAAAAUUGGGGUGGAUUUAACGGGGAUUUUAUUGUUGAAAGGCAGUCCUUACACGAAUAAGCAGCAGGUAACGGCGGAUGUGUACGGCACGUUAGUAGCGGACAACACCGUCGCCGUUAAUCACGACCAUUUCCUCACGUAUUACUUGGAUCUCGACGUCGACGGUAACGGCAACUCCUUCGUCAGGGCGAAACAGAAAACGGAAAGAGUAACGGGGUUCAACGCUUCUCCGAGAAAAAGCUAUUGGAGGGUUGUGAAGGAGACCGCCAAAACCGAAGCCGAUGCCCGGUUCCGGCUCGGCUUAGAGCCGGCCGACUUGUUGAUCGUGAACCCAAAUAAGGAAACAAAGCUCGGGAAUCAAGUGGGUUACCGGCUGAUACCCGGUGAGCCGCUGACUUCUCUGUUAGCCGACGAUGAUUAUCCUCAAAUUAGGGCGGCUUAUACCAAAUACCAGGUUUGGGUGACGGCUUAUAAUAAGUCGGAGAGAUGGGCCGGUGGGUUUUAUGCCGAUCGAAGCCGUGGAGAUGAUGGCUUAGCCAUUUGGACCAAGAGGAACAGAGUGAUAGAGAACAAAGAUAUAGUAGUAUGGUACACCGUAGGCAUCCACCACAGCCCAUAUCAAGAAGAUUUCCCGGUGAUGUCGUCGGUUCACAGCGGCUUUCAACUCCGGCCGGCGAACUUCUUCGAAUCCAACCCUACAUUGCUUUAAUAUUCUUUUCAAUUAUUAGUGUCAA